GCUUCAGAUGGCCAUUCCCUAACCUUUGGAAUUCCUCCUCUGAACCUCUCCACUCCUACCUUGAUUUACCUUGUUGUUUCCUUCAAUUCUUGCAACAUCAAAGAAAUGGAAAAUGGGAAAGCAAGUAUAUCUCCUGUUCCUUAAUAGUGCCAAAUUUUCUUCAACCUUGAAUCCUCAGAUAAUGAUGGCUCUUAACAAAUCUAUGCAUCCAAGAAACCGAUAUAAAGACAAGCCACCAGAUUUUACAUACUUAGCGUCAAAAUACACAGAGUUCCAGCAGCACGUUCAUACAAGUUUGACUGGGAAAGUGAGUUUAAAUUUUAAAGAUCCUGAGGCAGUCAGAGCCCUUACAUGUACGCUAUUGAAGGAGGACUUUGGACUGACAAUAGACAUCCCAUUGGAGAGAUUGAUUCCCACAGUUCCUUUGCGGCUGAACUACAUACACUGGGUUGAAGAUCUGAUCGGUAGUGACGCUGUUAAAAGUAAACUCAUCCGAGGAAUUGACAUUGGAACUGGGGCCUCCUGCAUCUAUCCUUUACUCGGAGCCACUAUGAAUGGUUGGUUCUUCCUUGCAACUGAAGUGGAUGAUAUGUGCUUUAACUAUGCAAAUAAAAAUGUGGAGCAGAACAGUCUCUCUGAGCUCAUUAAAGUGGUGAAGGUCCCUCAGAAGACAUUGUUGAUGGAUGCUCUGAAAGAGGAAUCGGAAAUUGUUUAUGAUUUCUGUAUGUGUAACCCACCUUUCUUUGCAAAUCAGUUGGAAGCCAAGGGUGUAAACUCCAGGAAUCCAAGUCGUCCACCUCCCAGUUCUGUAAACACAGGUGGAAUUACUGAAAUUAUGGCUGAGGGAGGAGAGUUGGAAUUUGUAAAAAGAAUCAUCCAUGAUAGCCUGCAGCUGAAAAAAAGACUAAGGUGGUACAGCUGUAUGCUGGGAAAGAAAUGCAGCUUGGCUCCUUUAAAAGAAGAGCUUCGACACCAAGAGGUCCCUAAGGUCACUCAUACUGAAUUCUGUCAAGGACGAACCAUGAGGUGGGCUUUGGCAUGGAGUUUUUAUGACGAUGUAAUUAUGCCAUCCCCUCCUUCCAAGAAAAGAAAGCUGGAGAAACCCCGGAAACCCAUCACUUUCACAGUGUUAGAAUCUACAAUCAAGGCACUAAAGAAUAAAGUUACAAGUUCAGACUCGGUACCUAAAGAAGACAUUGAAGUGGUAACUGCAGGAAUAGAGAAAAUUCUAACUGAGCUGAAGGUACUUUACAAACGUGUGCCCUGUGGGAAAGGUGAAGUAAGUUUAUUUCUAACAGCCAUACAGAAUUCAUGGAUCCAUAUUCGGCGAAAGAAACGGGAUAGAGUGAGGCAACUUCGAGAGCUCCCCAGAGCUGAGUCAAACAUGUUGAAAUCUACAGAAGCAGACCAGACAACUGAAAAGCAAUGCAGCAGUGCUAACAUUGGUUCUGUCAGCGCUGAGGAAAAGUCCAGUGUUAGCAAUGCUGCAGAAAGCAAUGCUGAAAUAGGAAAAACUGCAAUCGAAGCUGAAGAGGAGCUCCCCAUAAAUGGGGGUAAUAGUUUGUUGAGUAAGUUCCAUGUAGAUCAAGAAAAUAACAUGGAAUCUCAAAACAAUAAUAUGGAAACUGAAGAAAAGAUUAACCAGUGUGAAACUAGUUUUGUUGACUGUAAAACUGAUGAUACAAUUGAGCAUGAAAUAACCUGUUCCACCAUGGCAAACACAGAGGAAGAAACACCUAAAGAGAGUGAGGGAUGUUUUUUGUUCAAGUGUUUAAUGAAUGUGAAGAAGGAUGGAAAGAAUUCCCAUGUAGAAAUGCACUGGGUUGAGGGACAGAAUAGGGACUUAAUGAACCAACUCUCCACCUAUCUGCGAAACCAGAUUUUCAAACUGGUGGUUAGUUAAAGGAAUGCUUUCAUGUUUUCACCAUGCAAACUUUUUUUUUGCAAGUUUUAAAUAAAUUCCCAGGUUUCAAAUUUAUUUCUAAUCAUAUUUACUUGUUUUCAUUUGAUUUUACAGAAUUUGGAGAAUGAUGUUUGCAUAUAUUUUCCAGUGACACGUGCAUGUACCACCACUGUCUUUCAUCCAGUGUUCUAUCAAAAACAAAGAAAUGUUUGUCUCCUCUGAUCACAUAAACAGACCAAUAAACCCCCAUGGUUUUAUAUUAAUCCAUCAGAAAGUUCAGUCGCAGAUGUUUGUUCAAGUUUCUGAUACCCAGUUCAAAGAGGUAUUUGCACUAACAAAAAAAAAGUACAUAUCCCAGUGACAAUCAAUUGAAUAAAUGUUGCUUACAUUUAGGUAAAACAGGUAAUUAUGUAUUGGGAAACCAUUUGAUCCAUCUUAGUAUGAUCAUCCAGAAUUAAUUUAAAGUUAUCCUCAUUAUAAGCACCCAAUUUACUCUCAAAUUAUUCCUAUUUUUACUUGCUGUCUCUGUUCUCUUUUGGAGUUCAUUCCAUACAUUGAAUGCUAUUGAUCACCUUUGUUGAGGUCUUACAUGGCUCUUUAAUAUUUUUGAACCAAAGUUUCCAAGUUUUCUUUUCUUUAUGAAGCUUGUUAUCUUUUGUGUACCUCUGUACAUUCAUAUGACAAUUGCAAACCUAUAGAAUAUUCCUCCUAUAGAAUAAUAUCCAGAGGCAUUUUACAAUAUGAACAAAAUAGGUCGAUGCCAAGCAGAAAGGAGAGAGAGACAGAGAGAGAAAGGAUAUGUGAAAAAGACAUUGAAUGGAUUCAAAAGGACCAUGUUUGCAAAGUGUAAUAUUGGAUUUGGCUAUUGUCUUGUCCAUGUUUAGAAAUGCUUGUUAUAUUGGGUCACACAUGAACAGGUGUUGUUUGGAUGAGGUACUAAAGAGUUAUUUGAAAUCAGUCUUUGAGGCUAGUAGGAAAUGAGCAUCUUGUGGGAAAACAGGCAACAUUUCUUUAUAGAGUAAAAAUGUCCUCCCCAAGAUCCAAAUAGUUGUGAACCAAUAUACUUGGGCUGGACAAAUAAGGGAAGGGAAUACAUGAUGAACAGUAGGACCCUGGGAAGCACCAAAGAUCAGCGGGACCUUGGUGUCCAAGUAUACAAGUCACUUAAGGUGUCAGUAUAGGUGGAUAAAGUGGUUAAGAGGUUACAUUGCAUAUUUGCCUUUAUUCGUUGAGGCAUAGGGUUUGAGCAGGGAAUUUAUAAAAUGUUAGGAACUGUAUAAAAUGUUUGUCAGGCCAUAGCUAGAGUAUUGUGUGCAGUUCCGAAAUCCAUGUGCAGAGGAAAUUUUACCAGGAUAUUGCUCAAGCUGGAGAGUUUGUAAUGAAGAGAGCUUGGACAGAUUGUGAUUGUUUUCCUUAGAAUAGAGGGGAUUGAGAUUUAUAAGA